CUAGAUGCUCUAGCCAUGCUCCGAAUUGGUGCUUCAAAACACGAAUAUUUCCCACUGCACGUGGUAAGGGAACCGGAAGAUGUUGUGGCGCUUGAUGACCUGCCGGGCUGGAUUGGAGACGGCAGCACGGCGGUCGAGAGUCAGGUUCGCCAUGACCACGACAGCCAAGAGGAGAAACAAUCUGGUGACGUUGGCACGCUCAAGCUUGGUGCUCCAACUCCCUUGAGUCCGAAGAAGCUGUAUCCUUGCUAUAAUACCCGGCCGGAAGAUUAG